GUAGGUAAUAACUUUUACCAUGAUAUAGAUCGACAAUAUAAUAAAAGCUAGAACAAUUCAACCUAAAUUAAUCCGACCUAAACCCAAAACGAACUACUUUAAUACUCUUACAUAAAAAUGACUCGCCGAUUCGAACGACCCAAUUACUUCCUCCUUUUAUCUUCCCGCUCCCAAUCAUAUUUUCAAAAACUCCUUCACUAUCCGAGUACUGAGGAUUAGAAGCAAGUUCUCCUUCUCGGAAUAAUGAGCCUAAGAGAGAGAAAUCCAGAGGCAACAACAAUGGCGGAGGACACAGAAAUCGAGGUCCCUUCCACCUCCAUUAAUGGCGCUCUCGUCUUCCUUGUCGUUUAUGAUGUCUUAGGUUUCUUGCUCUAUAUGCACCAGCAAAUCCCCUCCAUGUUGCAGGAUAUGACUCUUCAAUUUGAUGCUCUACGAACUGAAUACCAGGAGUCGGAGAUACUUCUUACACAAAGUGAGCUCAAUGCUUCAUCUAGAAGAAAAGCCAUUGGGAGGAAAAGAGAUGUCAAAUUAGAGAUUAGAAGAACUGAGAAAUUGAUGAGUAAAAUAUCUGGUCUCCAGACUGCUCUUUGGCUUUUGAUCCGUGAGUUUCCCAGUGUUGAAGAUUUAGUCUUUGUUUUUGGAGCAAGCCCACACCGACCACAACAUGUUUAUCAGAUUGUAUUUCCUCACGGAAGAAUAGCUCUCUUAGAUUCUGAAGAUAAGGCCAGAAAUCGAACAAUAGAGAUGCUUUCGAAAAAGGUCAUAAGGGCACUUAUCUCUAAAGGUGUGGGAUCCGUCUCCUAUACAGGUCCUACUAAGUUGUUUCUCCUGGUGAAGGCUCCAACUUCCUUCAACAUGCCUCUGCAUUUUCUACCAAAGCGUGACUUCCAAUUCUCAAAGAAGAUUUUACCAUUCAGGCUACAGCUUAGAUGCAAGACCUCUCAUCAUGAAUCAUUAUCAUCUUCUUUUGCCCCAGGCGCAAUCACUGACUUCAAUGAGAACAAUUUUAUAUGCAGUGAUAUAACAUGGUUUCAGUGCCGGCAUGUAAUCAAGGGCAUUGCUUUAGGGAAUCCUUCACCUGAAGAUUAAAGGUCAAUGACAACUUUAAAACGGGUAUAUAGUUAAGGACUUUCCAUUUGUAUGCCUUUUUACAGUAAUCUUUAGCAGUAGUUGUUAUAUUUCUUUUUCCAAUGUUUGAAUUUAUCAUGGUUACAUCUCCAAUGUUCUGUGUUCUACUUGAAUAAAAGCAAUGACAGGGUCGACCAUAUGGUCCCUUACCGUAUUUUUUGGCUGCAACAUGUGAGGCUACUAGGCUAGGCAG